CUGGGAGGAGACAGGCGGUGUCUUUGGGCCUCCUAGAGGCGGAGCCAUGGGAGCCUGUGAUUUGUUAGGGAAAUCUCAGCCACCUGCUGCCUCAUGCAAAUACGCCCCUGUGCCCAUCGCCACCACCACAGCUGCUCCUUCGGCCUCCAACCCUAAGCCGUGUCAUCUGACCCUGAGUAUGGGUGAGAGAGGUAGCCUGAUCUCUCUGGCUCGUACCUUCGCAGUGCAGUAAGACCCCGGGGAGUCUUGUGGGCAAGCAGAGAGACGGACUUUCAGCCUAGGAGCAGGAUACAGAGUUCCAUCCUCUUUUGUAGUCAUUUCUUGGCCCACAAGGUAGGGGCCCAUCGGCCCAGCUGCCCCCUGGGUCCCCUGUAAGCCCCCCCCCUCCCCAACUAGGAUCAGACCCAGGGGCAGCUGGUUGGGGCUGGUCGAGAAAAAGGAUUAUCCAGCUCAGCCCCUUCUAAUCUCAGCUUCUGCCUGUACCCUCUUCCCCCACGGCCCUCAGUGAGGGAACAUGGUUUGGGGUGUUGACAACAGGGUCAUCUAGCACCCUUCUGCCCUGGCUCCUGGCCUGCUUGCUGAACAGGCCCACACUGCCAAGAUCAUGACCACAAGUGGGGACCGGUUCCUGGGGGCUACUGGAGCUGCGGCUGCUCCUGUUUUGCUCCCCAGACCCAACCAGUAAUCCUCGCAGCUUUUCUCUGAUCCGUGGGCUGAUGCUCUUAUCUCUGCCAGCACUGACCAUGGAGGCACCCCUUUAUUCCCCCCUUCUUGUGGCUGGAUGGGGAGGGGUGCUGUUCUUCUUUGGCUCACUGGCCUGCUCCCCACCCCUCCAGGCCAGGUCCAAGUCUCUGGAAGCCACACACCUCCCUUCCUGGCCUCUCCCCCAGCCCUGCCAGCUGAUUUCAUUUGCCUGACGUGGUUGUUGCUUGCCUUACCCUUCCCUGUCAGUCUCCCCCCGCCUCCCAGUCGGGGCCAGGCCAGGCCAGCUCCUCUGGCAGCAGAGGGGGGCAGGUGACAGGCAGGCAUCGAGGCUGAGAGAGUGAGGAGGCGCCUGGGAAUCGGAAACCUGGGAGAAGUCCAGACAGAGCCCAAGAACCAGAACUACCCCUCUACCUGUGCACCAUGGGGGAGAUGGAGCAGUUGAGGCAGGAAGCGGAGCAGCUCAAGAAGCAAAUUGCUGAUGCCCGGAAAGCCUGUGCGGACAUCACCCUGGCUGAGCUUGUGUCUGGCCUGGAGGUGGCGGGAAGGGUCCAGAUGCGGACGCGGAGGACAUUAAGGGGACACCUGGCCAAGAUCUAUGCCAUGCACUGGGCCACUGACUCUAAGCUGCUGGUAAGUGCCUCGCAGGACGGAAAGCUCAUCGUGUGGGACACUUACACCACGAAUAAGGUGCACGCCAUCCCGCUGCGUUCCUCCUGGGUCAUGACCUGUGCCUAUGCGCCGUCAGGGAACUUUGUGGCAUGCGGUGGGCUGGACAACAUGUGCUCAAUCUACAACCUCAAGUCCCGGGAGGGCAAUGUUAAGGUCAGCCGGGAGCUCUCGGCUCACACAGGUUAUCUCUCCUGUUGCCGCUUCUUGGAUGACAACAACAUUGUGACCAGCUCUGGGGACACCACGUGUGCCUUGUGGGACAUCGAGACGGGGCAGCAGAAAACGGUGUUUGUGGGACACACGGGUGACUGCAUGAGCCUGGCUGUGUCUCCAGACUACAAACUCUUCAUUUCGGGAGCUUGCGACGCCAGCGCCAAGCUCUGGGACGUGAGGGAAGGGACCUGUCGCCAGACUUUCACUGGCCAUGAAUCAGACAUCAAUGCUAUCUGUUUCUUCCCCAAUGGAGAGGCCAUCUGCACAGGCUCCGACGACGCCUCCUGCCGCCUCUUCGACCUGAGGGCGGACCAGGAGCUGACUGCCUAUUCCCACGAGAGCAUCAUUUGCGGCAUCACGUCCGUAGCCUUCUCUCUCAGUGGUCGCCUGCUCUUCGCGGGCUAUGACGAUUUCAACUGCAAUGUCUGGGAUUCCAUGAAGUGUGAGCGUGUAGGCAUACUCUCUGGCCACGACAACAGAGUCAGCUGCCUGGGGGUCACAGCUGAUGGGAUGGCCGUGGCCACUGGUUCCUGGGACAGCUUCCUCAAAAUCUGGAACUGAGGAGGCUAGAGGUGGAAAGCCCUGAAGAGUCUCAGCUGCUUCCUUCUACGCCCCAUCUCCUUAGGGUCAGUCUUCUAUACCCCAGGGGCCAUUCCCAGUAAACUUCCUUUUGAGAGUGAUAGGAAUUAUGGGAGUGUGCCUUUGCAAGCAUCAGGGUCACAGGGGCGAAGAACCGCCCCAUCUCCUCCCAUGGCCUCCAGUCUCCACAGUCCUCACAGCUCCUCCUGUAAUAAACAGGAACGGACCCCAUCCCCACUCCUAGAGUCCUCCUGGGCUGCCAGUAGCCUUUGUCCAGACUGGGAAUGGCCAGGGUGCUCAGCCCAGGACUAUGGAUGUAACUACUAGUCUCCUGGCUCCAUUCCCUUCAUACUUUCUCUUUUCUAUCCUUUUAUUACCUAAUAAAACAUAGCUGGUACCUCUGUGAUA